GUCCCCCGUAAUGGGAUGGGUGCCAGUCUGACCCUGCCUCCAGGAGACAUUUAUAACCUGACUGUAUCAGCCUGUACUGAAGGCCAACGCAACUCCUCUGUCCCCAACAUCAUUAAACUGGGUACGCACCGCACCUCCUCUGUCCCCAACAUCAUUAAACUGGGUACGCACCGCACCUCCUCUGUCCCCAACAUCAUUAAACUGGGUACGCACCGCACCUCCUCUGUCCCCAACAUCAUUAAACUGGGUACGCACCGCACCUCCUCUGUCCCCAACAUCAUUAAACUGGGUACGCACCGCACCUCCUCUGUCCCCAACAUCAUUAAACUGGGUACGCACACGCACACCUCUCCCCAGCUCCCCCAACAUCAUUACAACUGGUACCACACGCACCCUCCUCUGUCCCCACACAUCAUCUAAACUGGUACGCACCGCAACUCCUCUGUCCACCACACACAUAAACUGGCGUACGCACCGCAAUUCUUCCAUCAUGUCCCCAACAUCAUACAACCAUGGGAUCGCCAACACACCUCCUCUGUCCACCAAAUCUUAAACAUGGGUACGCACAGAAUCUUGGUCCCCAACACAUUAAAUGGGUUACGACCGCACUCCUCUGUCCCCAACAUCAUUAAAAUGGGUUUUACCAGCACCGCAAUUCCUUGUCUCCCCAAAUCAUUAAAAUGGGUAGCACGCCCCCCUGUCCAAUCAUAAGGGUACGCAGCACCCCUCGUCCAAAUCAUUAAACGGUAGCACGCACCUCCUCGUCCACAUCAUUAAACUGGGUACGACCCGCACCUCCUCGGUCCCCAACAUCAUUAAAACUGGGUACGCACCGCACCUCCUCAGGAUUAACAACAUGCACGUUACAACCGGGGGUACGCAACGCACCUACUCCUCUGUCCCCAACAUCAUAAACUGGGGUACGCCCACCACACAACACCCACACACACACACACGCUCACUCACUCACACACACACAACACAUGCUCAUAUACACAUACACACAUGCGCGAUCACGACUCACACACACCAGGGGUCUCUGGGAUGCGUCCCAACACAUCUCGUCUCAAAGCAGCAACAAAAAGGUUGCAGAUAAACAGAAUGAUAUUAAAGAGGGAUGUUGGUAGCCAGAGAAGAGGAUUGGUUGAGGAGCCUGGGUAACCCAAAUAUUAAAGAUGGGAUGUUGGUAGCCAGAGAAGAAGGAUUGGUUAAGGAGCCUGGGUAACCCAAAUAUUAAAGAGGGAUGUUUGGUAGCCAGAGAAGAGGAUUGGUUUAAGGAGCAUGGGUAACCCAAAUAUUAAAGAGGGAUGUUGGUUAGCCAGAGAAGAGGAUUGGUUAGGAGCUGGGUAACCCAAAUAUUAAAAGAGGGAUGUUGGUAGCCAGAGAAGAGGAUUGGUUAAGGAGCCUGGGUAACCCAAAUAUUAAAGAGGGAUGUUGGUAGCCAGAGAAGAGGAUUGGUUAAGGAGCCUGGGUAACCCAAAUAUUAAAGAGGGAUGUUGGUAGCCAGAGAAGAGGAUUGGUUAAGGAGCCUGGGUAACCCAAAUAUUAAAGAGGGAUGUUGGUAGCCAGAGAAGGGGAUUGGUUAAGGAGCCUGGGUAACCCAAUCCAGCUUUCAGCACGUCAUCACUUGUUGUUUAUACCAAAUGGAGCCAAACUGUCACUAUCAGCUCUUCUGAGAAAAUGGAGGAAGUGAACCUAGUAUUGUGACACAGCCUGCCUUCGUUUCUGCAUGCCUCAGUAGUUCAGUCUAACAGUAGACAAGAGUCAGGGCAGACUGCAGGGCUCCAGUCAACCUGUGUCUGUGGACCAGAGGUUGACCCAGGCGUUUCUCCUGUUGUGUUUGUGACAGAGCCAGCCCCUCCUCGGUCCCUGUACGCCGUGAACGCCACCCACUCCUCUGUGACUCUGCUCUGGAGCGAGGAGGGAGUGGUUGACUUCUACCAG